AUGGAAGUGUGUAACGCUGAUGGAGGACAAGGUGAGGGGACCCACUAUUGCGCUCACUCUGGUGCAAUCUGGACUCAUGAUAUCUCUGUCUGUCUAGCCAAUCAUUUGAUCUCCAACCCUGAUGUACUCUCACAUCAGAAGGUGGUCCUUGAGCUCGGAAGCGGUACUGGUCUCGUCGGGAUCGUAGCUCACCAGCUGUCUGUGGGGGCAACUGUAUACCUCACUGACGUCGAUCUACUGGUGCUGGAAAGGCUCAAUCGAAAUGUGGAAUUGAACAAACCAUCAACUGGCAACUCUUUACUGGUCCGCACUCUAGAUUGGGAUGCGCCGACUGAGUGGAGGAAUGAAAAACCCAAUCUGAUCCUGGCCGCCGAUGUGCGGCCCAAUGAAAUCGACCGCGUUGCUUGCCGCGACUGUCCGGCAACCAAGGACAUGGGAGCAAUUCCUCUCAUGUUGCAGUCAGUGAUCUCGAAUGCGCUUUCCACUUUGUCCGACAAAGACUGA